CCCGCGCAAUUGAAGAUUCUACGCUAUAGUGGUGUCAGAGGUGGAGGUGAUAGGAUAGCUUUGGGAGAGACUGUGAAGGAAAAAUUUGUGAAAUUCGAGAUCGAAGAAUCCACUGUGACUCGGUGUGAGACGCGUUCUCAGAUAAGAUGAAGUGUCUUGUGAUCUUUGCCAUGCUCGCCACCCUGGUGUGGAGUGAGCAGAUCAUGCUGCUGGAUCUCAGUCCAGAGGAGGCCCAGAAGUACAUUGCGGCACAGUCCCUGGAUCUGAGGUAUGCCAAGAAAUUGGGUGAGGAGCGUCUCUCGACGCUGCGAAGCCUCGACGGUGAGAAGCGCGACUUCUACUACAACGGCCGCAUCAUUGAGAAUCCCGAGGAUUACGUCCAGGAGGAGUUCGAGGCCAACCAGUUCCAUGGCCAGGACGGACUGGGACGUGCCAUGUUCGGGUACACCGAUUGGAAUCAGGCGCGUCUGGAGGCUCGCAAUGCCAACGGUGAAGUGCGAGGCUCUUACCAAUAUGUGGACGCCAACGGUGACGAUGUCGUGGUGAAUUACUGGGCGGACAGCUUGGGCUUCCAUCAGACGGACAACCGACCUAAGGUGGUGCUCGAACCGGUUACAGACACGCCGGAGGUUCAGGCAGCCAGACUGGCGCACGAGAAGGCAUGGGCGGAAGCUGCACGCGCCGCCAAAGUUAACCCUGACCCCAACAGUGACUUGUACAAUGCCCAUGCGAAUCGAUUGUACGACGAUCAGGCGAAGCAGGAGCAGACACAGCAGCUUCUCUCUGUUGCCAACCAAGCACAAAGUCUCACCCGAUACCCCAACCUCCCCUACACGAUCACCCCCGACAAGUCUGCCGCAUCCUCGCAGCAAGACUCAGUUGUGGUUGAGGUGCCUCAGCAGGCGAGAGCGCAGUACCAGCAGAAGUCCAACUACCGCCAGCAGCAGGAGGAAGAGGAGGAAGUCACGGGUGAGCCUCGUGGCUUCUUCUACAACUUCGACUACCCCGUGCAGCUAAUCCGCACCCUCGAGGAGGCUCGCAAAGUCAAGAGACAGAGCUCAGGCGCACCAGAAACAGUUCAGGUGUCUGCAAGGGCGGCUGCUCAGGGUUCAGUACCAGUUGAUGCCGUGCACGACACCCAAGUGCACCCUAAACAGAAAGAUAAUGUUCAAAACAGCCAAAUCUUGCCAGUCUUAGUUCAUGACGAGUGAAAUCAUCGACCGCCUCAUGGAAUCGCAGUAUAAAGUGUGAGAAAUUCAAUAGAAAUGUAUAUUCAAUAUCAUUUUGUACAACAAUAAAAAGGCUGUUACAGAAAA